AUGCUGGUUAGCUUAUACGCGCAGUUAACACGCAGAAUGGACAGCGUUUUUGAGGCUUAUCUCGGUCCCGACAGCAUCCUAGCAGGCGCCAUGGUCAACGCUGUGGGCAGCGGAGAACCCGAGGACAUCCCCAAACGCAACACGGAUGUUUGGCUGCUCGGCAAACGCUACAAUGCUAUACAAGAACUGGACGUCAUUCGCAGGGACAUCGAAUCCCGCUUGUGGUGCACCUAUCGCCAUGGAUUUGUGCCCUUGGGUGAAGUGCAGCUGACCAGUGACAAGGGCUGGGGCUGCAUGCUGCGCUGUGGUCAAAUGGUGCUCGCCCAGGCCUUGAUUGAAUUGCAUUUGGGUCGCGAUUGGUUCUGGACGCGCGACUGUCGCGAUGCCACCUAUCUUAAGAUUGUCCAGAGGUUCGAGGACACACGCAAAAGCUACUAUUCAUUGCAUCAAAUCGCCCUGAUGGGGGAGUCACAGAACAAAGCGGUUGGGGAGUGGCUGGGACCCAACACCGUGGCGCAAAUACUCAAAAUUCUUGUGCGCUUCGAUGAGUGGAGCUCGCUGCUGGUGCACGUGGCCAUGGACAGCACGGUGGUGCUGGAUGAUAUAUUUGAACGCUGCCAACAACCGGCCGAGGCGUGGCAGCCUCUGCUGUUGAUUGUGCCUCUGCGCCUGGGCAUCACCGACAUCAAUCCCAUCUAUAUACCCGCCUUGAAGCGCUGCCUGGAACUCAGCAGCAGCUGUGGCAUGAUUGGCGGCCGUCCCAAUCAGGCUCUGUAUUUCCUCGGUUAUGUGGACGAUGAAGUUCUCUAUUUGGAUCCACAUACCACACAGCGAGCUGGCGCUGUUGGUCAAAAGACAACGCAAGCCGAACAGGAGCUGGACGAGAGCUAUCAUCAGCGUUAUGCGGCGCGUUUGAGUUUCAGUGCCAUGGAUCCAUCGCUGGCCGUUUGUUUUCUGUGCAAGACACGCAAGCAAUUCGAUGAGCUGUUGCAGCAGUUGCGCCAAGAGGUGCUCAACCUCAGCACGCCGUCGCUCUUCGAGAUAAGUCAAUCGCGUGCCGUCGAUUGGGAUACGGCGGAUGACAUCGAAUGGCCCACAAUGCCGGACAUUGAUUGGCCUGGCAGCAAUACCAGCGAUUCGGAAUCAUUUGCCGUGCUGGGUGAGUGCGGCAGCGGCGACGUCGACAGCAAACCCAGUGCCCCCAUUUGAGAGUGCGAGAGCGUAGCGUUCUCUCUCGGUUUCUCUCUGCGACUGCGCUGUGCCUUGGAGAGCGUUUUAUUGUGGGAAAGUGGAGCAGCUGUGUUUGGUCCAAAAAAGAAGCGGAAGAAGCUGCGGUUGCAGGCCAAAAAAAUGAUAAUGAUGAUAAAAACACCAGCGAUGGCUACUAAACAAUAAGUUUUGAAGACUAGUGUUACAUUUUUUAGAUUGUUUACGAUUCACACACACACACACACACACAUACACUUACACGCUACAGUUAAGGAUAAUGUAUAGUUCAUAUGCUGCUUUAUUCUGCGUUUAGAUUGGACUCCAUGGGAGACAAUUUGGCAUAAACAAACAAACGAAUUGAACUCUCACCACACACACACACAUAGUUAGUUAUGCUCGCGAUAAAGCUGCUGAAUACAAACUACCUUAUUAAUUGAUUAAAAACACCAUUUUAUAUGUAUG